AUGGCUAGUCCUCCUGUACUCGCUUUCGAUGCCGAGGGCCGCCCAGUGAAGUUCGACACCUGGCUAGAUGACCUGCACCUCUUCCUACAGCUCACUGCCAAGGAGGACAUCUCACUGUACGAUCACGCCCUAGGCCAUGCUACUGCCCCUGAUACUUCUGCUGACAGCACUGCCCGCUCACAGUGGCAGACUCGUGACGCCCACGCUCGCUUUGCUAUUCGCAACUCCCUGCCGAUAGAUGAGCGCGAGCACUUUGGCCAGCACAAGACUGCUAAGGAACUGUACACUGCUGUCGUUGCUCGCUACUCCUCACCUGCUUCUGCCGCACUAGGCCGCCUCUCCCUCCCCUACCUGUUCCCCGACCUGGCCUCCUUUCACACAGUUGCUGACCUCAUCACCCACCUCAAGACUAGUGAGGCCCGCUUCCGCGCUGCUAUGCCCGAUGAGUUCCUUGCUAGGAACCCCCCCCCGCUCUGGCUCACUCUCUACCACAUCGUCACUCGCCUCCCUGACUCUCUGCGCGCAGUCAGGGAUCACUUCCUAGCUCGCUGCCCCACUGAGCUCACCAUUGCCCUCCUCGAGAAGGAACUACUUGCAGCUGAGGCGAGCAUCGUCGCUCCUCUGCUUCUGCUGUCGACCUCCUUGGUGCUGAGAAGGUCGGGACGCUGUCCGCUCCGGGCGGGCGCCGCAGGAACAGAAGGGGCAAGGGUGGAGGUAGCGGCGGAGGAGGCGGGGGUGGAGGCGGUGGGAGUGGAGGUGGGGCUGGAGAGGCUAGUGGCGGCAGUGGGGGUGGUGACGGCAGCGGCGGGGGCGGUGGCAGGGGCGGGGGCGGCAGCGGGGGCGGAGGUGGUCGUGGCAGCGGCAGGGGAGGAGGUGGUCGAGGAGGUGACGGCUGCGGUGGUCGUGGAGGCGCUGGCGGUGUUCCCUGAUGGCGCUGAGCUGCCCCGCUGGGCUGAUCUGGAGAGGAAGGGAGUUGAUAUCUGGGCUCUAGACUUUGAUGCUAUUCUCACUGCCAUGUAUGCGAUGUUUACUAGUGGAGAGGGUGCUCAGUACUUGCGUGUUCCGCCCGACCCGGGCAUUCUGACCAGUGAGGCUGCCGCUCUAGGUGCUAGUGACACUGCCGCUCCAGGUACUCGCGUGUCUGCUACCUCAGGUGAUGGUGAGGCUGCCGCUCUAGGUGCUAGUGAGUCUGUCCCCCCUGGUACUGAGUCGACUGAGGCACUGCACACCUUCACCCUAGACUCAGGUGCUUCUCGCUGUUUCUUUCAUGACCGCACUGCCCUUGAGCCGCUUGCUCGGCCAGUUGCUGUCUCCCUCGCUGACCCCUCUGGGGGUCCGGUCAUUGCGACCUCCUCCACUGUUCUUCCCUGUCCUGCGGUCCCGUCGGGCACACUGUCAGGUCUCCACCUCCCCUCGUUCUCUACGAACCUGGUGGCGGGUUGUGCACUCCAGGAUGCGGGUGUUCACCAGUUCACCCCUGCCUACGAGCGCGUGACACACUGCACGUGUGCUCGGACGGGCCGUCACCUGGCUACCUUCACUCGGCAGCCGGGGUCGGACCUGUACACACUGACCACUGAGUCCCCUCAUGUAGCUGCGUCCGCGUCUGCGUCAGGUCAGCUGUCGGCCCCCUGCUCGUGUCGCUCUCUGGCGCACGAGACCGUCCUCUGGCACCACCGACUUGGUCACCCGUCUGUGCAGCGCCUUCGUGCCAUGCACAAACGGUACCUUGUCUCUGGUCUUCCCAGGGUUCUCCCUCCCCUCCCACCCUCGUCUGUUCCUUCCUGUCUUCCCUGUGUCGAGGGGCGGCAGCGCGCCGCUCCUCAUUCCUCCUCCUUUCCCCCGACGACUGCUCCCUUGCAGACACUCCACAUGGACGUGUGGGGCCCAGCCCGCGUCCGUGGACAGGGUCAGGAGAGGUACUUCCUGAUUGUUGUUGACGACUACUCGCGCUACACCACGGUCUUCCCCUUGCACACCAAGGGUGAGGUCCCUGAUGUCUUGAUCCCUUGGAUCCGCAGAGCUCGUCUCCAGCUCAGCGAGCGUUUCCGCUCGGACUUUCCUGUCCUGCGUUUGCACUCUGACAGAGGUGGUGAGUUCUCCUCCGACCUCAUGGCAGCCUACUGUGCGGAGCACGGCAUUGAGCAGUCGUUCACGCUUCCGGCCUCUCCACAGCAGAAUGGGGUUGCUGAGCGCCACAUUGGCUUGGUCAUGGAGGUCGCUCGUACCUCCUUGAUCCAUGCGGCUGCCCCCCACUUUCUGUGGCCGUUUGCGGUCCGAUACGCUGCGCAUCAGCUCAACCUCUGGCCCCGCGUCUCCUUACCGGAGACUUCCCCGACACUGCGUUGGACGGGAGAGGUUGGCGAUGCGUCGCGUUUUCGGGUCUGGGGAUCCCGAGCUUUUGUUCGCGAUACGUCCGCGGACAAGCUCUCCUCUCGCGCUGUUCCUUGUGUCUUCCUUGGCUUUGUCCCGGACGCGCCUGGUUGGCAGUUUUACCACGUCACCUCGCGCCGGGUUCUGCCUUCUCAGGACGUCACUUUUGACGAGUCCGUCCCCUACUACUGCCUCUUCCCCUACCGCACUGCCCCCCUCCCCCCUCCGCCUCUCUUCCUCGCGCCAGGUGCUGCUGUGGUAGACCCCCUCCCCCCUCAGGGUGCCGCUCCCUCAGGUGUGUCCCAGGUAGACCCGGUUGAGCCUGUCGAGGUAGCUGUCGACUCUCGUCCUGCUAGGGGUGCUGAGCCUGUACGUGAGGAGCCUGGCGGUGCUGAGUCUGGGGGUGCGGAGCCUGGGGGUGCUGAGCCUGGGGGUGCUGAGCCUGGGGGUGCGGAGCCUGGGGGUGCUGAGCCUGGAGGUGCGGAGCCUGGGGGUGCUGAGCCUGGAGGUGCUGAGCCUGGGGGUGCGGAGCCUGGGGGUGCUGAGUCUGGACGUGCUGAGCCUGAGAGUGCUACACCUGGAGGAGCCCUCUCCUCACAGCAGCUGCAGGAGAGGUACCUACAGUACUGCAGCCUCAGGAGAGGUGCUGCUGGAGCUGGUACCAGUGCUUCCCCUCCUACCCGGGAGCUCCCCUCCCUUCAGCAGAUCCGAGAGUGGUACACGCGACGCUGCAGUCUUCGGAGUGGCGCUCCUGGUGUUGCGGACCCUGGUACUGCAGGGGCUACUGGUGCUGAGGAGCCGGGCGCUGGAGCUGCUGCUGGUGCUGAGGACCCGGACGCUGGAGCUCCUGCUGGUGCUGGGGACCCGGACGGUGGAGCUGCUGCUGGUGCUGAGGACCCGGGCGGUGGAGCUGCUGCUGGUGCUGAGGACCCUGACGUUGGAGCUGCUGCUGGUGCUGCGGACCCGGGCGGUGGAGCUGCUGCUGGUGCUGAGGACCCGGACGUUGGAGCUGCUGCUGGUGCUGAGGACCCGGACGUUGGAGCUACUGCUGGUACUGAGGACCCUGACGCUGGUGUCUCUACUGGUUCUGGAGACGCUGCGCGGCCGCGACCUUACUUCGUGCCGCUCCUUCAGCAGGUUCUUGGUCAGACUCCUCCUCCUUGUCCUCCUUCCUCCUUAGAGUGUCCUCCGUCUGUCCAGUCGCAGUCACAGUUACUGCCUGCCUCGCCUCUCCCUGGUCCCUCCCCUUACACUGGUCCGACAGGAGGUCUUACGGAGCGUCGUGAGCCUGAGUCUCGUCCUGCGUCGCCUGUUCGUACUGCUCGCACUGGUCGUCGUGUCCCACGUGAGCGUCCUCCUCCUGUCCCUGGCACUCACUACAUGACUCUGCGUCCCUCCACUGCUCCUCAGCGUGUCCCUCUACCGUCUCCUCCUACGUCCUCUCUACCUACUCUUCCUGACCCGGAGUCUGACUCCCGUCGUGCUGCCAGUCCCACUGUCACGCGUCUCCUCGCCACUGUUGUCACUGACCCUACCUUUGAGUCCUCUGCUGCGUCUGCUCUGGUCGCUGAGUUGGUUGACUUUGCUGCCCGGUGUCGUCUAGACUACGCCGCUAGUCUUGUUGCUGAGUCUGAGUCUGUCUGUCCUCCGUCCGUCGGGGGUGAAUGUGCUCUUGGCACGGACGUCCUUGAGGACAGACAGGAGGAGUUUCAGUGCUUUGCUGCUGCUUUGCCCCAUCUCGUGUCCAUGCUAGUUGCCCCUGAGGGAGACCCGGAUGCACCAGACAUCCCGACCCCGCGCUCUUACGCAGAGGCGAUAGCGGGUCCCUACUCCUCUCAGUGGCAGACAGCCAUGGACGCAGAGAUGGCUUCCUGGAAGUCCACAGGCACCUACGUCGACGAGGUUCCCCCACCUGGGGCGAACAUCGUCAGUGGCAUGUGGAUUUUCAGGGUGAAGCGGCCGCCGGGUUCUCCUCCUGUCUUCAAGGCGCGCUACGUUGCUCGAGGCUUCAGUCAGCGAGAGGGAGUAGACUUCUUCCAGACCUUCUCCCCCACCCCGAAGAUGACCACUCUUUGGGUGCUGCUGCACAUAGCCGCUCAGCGCGACUACGAGCUUCACUCACUUGACUUCAGCACUGCUUUCUUACAGGGCAGCCUGCACGAGGAGAUCUGGCUGCGUCGCCCUCCUGGCUUCACUGGGUCGGUUCCUCCUGGUACCCAGUGGAGGCUCCAGCGACCGGUCUACGGUCUCCGCCAGGCGCCGCGCGAGUGGCACGACACACUGAGGACUACACUUGCGGCUCUUGGGUUCACUCCUUCUACUGCUGACCCGUCGCUGUUUCUACGCACCGACACCUCGCUGCCGCCGUUCUACAUCCUCGUGUACGUCGACGACUUGGUCUUUGCCACUGCUGACACUGCGGCACUCGCCCACGUGAAGUCGGAGCUGCAGAAGAGACACACGUGCACAGACCUGGGUGAACUGACAAGCUAUCUUGGCUUGCGGAUCACUCGGGACAGAGCACGGCGCACCAUCACCUUGACUCAGUCACACAUGGUGCAGCAGAUCCUUCAGCGCUUCCGCUUCACGUACUCCUCGCCUCAGUCCACUCCUCUGCCUGCCGGUCACUCGCUCUCAGCUCUGCCUUCGGAUGAGUGCGUAGAGCCGAGUGGCCCGUAUCCAGAGCUUGUGGGCUGCCUCAUGUACCUGAUGACCUGCACUCGACCUGACCUUGCAUACCCUCUUAGCAUCCUUGCACGCUAUGUCGCUCCUGGCCGUCACAGGAAGGAGCACAUGGAUGCUGCUAAGAGGGUGUUGCGCUACUUGUGCAUUUCUUGGCGUUCUACACGCUCUUCUUCUGUUCUCAGCUCCAGUUGUGAGGCUGAGAUCUACGCCACAGCCAUGGCGGCCCAGGAGCUACGCUGGCUGACCUACCUGCUGACCGACUUGGGAGAGCGGCCUCGUUCUCCUCCAGUGCUGUAUGUCGACAACAAGGCUGCCAUUGCCUUGUGUGAGGAGCACAGACUGGAGCACAGAACGAAGCACAUUGCCCUGCGGUACUUCCUUGCUCGAGAGCUGCAGCAGCGCGGUCAGCUUCGUCUGCGUUACGUGGCCACUGAGGCCAACACUGCUGAUGUGUUCACCAAGGCGCUUCAGCCUUGUGACCAUCAGCGCUUCUGUACUCUUCUAGGCCUUGUGCCUGCUGGACCUCACUUGCUUACCUCUUGA